GUGCCCACCCACUCUCUACUGUGAGCCAGUUCGCUUGUUCCGUUCGUCUGGUGCCUGUAAUAGACAAGUCCGGGAUGAGUCCGGCUUAGCAUGGCAGGCGGCCGGGGAAAUGCACUUCUUCCUAUUGAGCUCAGCCCGCAAGGGGGUCUGCGCCCUACUCCGCCUGCCUGUGACCCCCCUGAAACUUAUUCCCACCGGCAGGAGAAUGAGCUGGAGGUCCUGGAAUCCAUCUAUAGUGGGGAUUUCGCGGAUCUGCGCAAGAACUCUGCCUGGAAGGUACAGCAGCCUCCAGAAGUCAUCAUUGCCUUACGUCCUCAGGGAAAUGAGGUUCAUGUCAAGGUGGAUUUAUGGGUAAAAUGCCCUCAGAACUAUCCUGAUGUUCCUCCUGAAAUAAAGCUGAAGAACAUCCAGGGGUUGUCCAAUGAAAAUGUGAACUCUCUGACAUCAAGCUUGGAAGAUUUAGCAAAACAGCUUUGUGGAGAGGUAAUGAUAUACCAGCUUGCGGAUCAUGUGCAGUGUUUUCUUACAGAGUAUAACCAUCCACCUCCUAAAUCCUUUCAUGAGGAGAUGUUAAAAAACCUUCAGAAGCAGCAGGAGAAGCUUGCUCUUGAAGAAGAGAGACGAAUGCAAGAGAUAAAGAUGAAAGAAGAGCAGACGAGACGGGAAAUCCUUAAUGAAAUCCAGAAGCGAGAAGAAGAGAAAAAGGAAGAAAAAAGAAGGAAGGAAGUAGCAAAACAGGAACGGAUUGAAAACGCUAAUCUAAUGUGCCAAGAGAAUGUAAAUAAGAUUAAUAAUACAGGCAAGACAACAACAGCUGCCUCGGAUGGGUCACUUCCUGAUCAUGGAGGAACCAACAGAAAUCGGCCACAUUCAGCAGGACGCUCAAAGCGGGACCGACAGUAUUCGGUGUGCCUCACUGAUGACUCAACCCCAUUUGAAGUGUUAACCUUUGAUAUUGGAUGCAGUGGGCAAAUUGUUGUUCACAGAGGAAAGUGCCUGGGGAAAGAUGAGCUGCUGGGUAAAUCUGUUUACAAUGGCUUGGAAACUGCUUCAGGACAUUUUGUUGUAAUCUAUGAAUGGGUUCUCCAGUGGCAGAAAAAGAUGGGCAAGUUUCUUACUAAUCAAGAAAAAGAAAAGAUUGAAAAGUGUAAAAAACAGAUUCAGGGAACAGAAACCGAGUUCAGUUCUCUUAUCAAACUGAGCCAUCCAAACAUUGUGCACUACCUCGCUAUGCGAAUAAAAGAGAAAGAAGAUUCCAUUUCUGUCGGGAUCAUAGCUGAACAUGUUAAUGGUACAAAGCUUUCCAGUUACCUUGAGCAGGGUGUACCUGUUCCACUGGAUCAACUACGGCACUAUACUGCCCAGCUGCUAUCGGCACUGGACUAUUUGCAUUCUAAUUCUGUGGUACAUAAAGUCAUGUGCGCCUCCAGUGUUUUGGUGACAGCUGACGGGAAAGUAAAACUGACAGACUAUAGCCUUUCCAAACGCCUUGCUGACAUCUGCAAAGAGGACGUGUUUGAGCAAACAAAAGUUCGAUUCAGUGAGGAUGCUCUGCCUAGCAAGAGUGGCAAGAAAGGAGAUAUAUGGAAGCUCGGUCUCUUGCUACUUUCGCUGUCACAAGGCAACAUAGCCAAAGAGUAUCCUGUAAAAGUGCCCAGUGACCUGCCUGCAGAUUUCCAAGAUUUCCUGCAAAAGUGUGUUUGCUUGGAAGACAAGGAACGCUGGACUACACAGCAGUUACUAAGUCACAGUUUCCUUAACCCUCCACCUGAGAAGAGUCCUGUAACAGAGGAAUGCUCAGAUGAUUAUCCGGGUGACUGUACUGAGACUGUCAUUCCCAGAUCUUCAGUAUCUAAUUCCACAUUCCAUAUUGAGUCACAGAGACAGUUUUCUCGCUACUUCAAUGAGUUUGAAGAAUUACAGAUGCUUGGGAAAGGGGCAUUUGGUGCUGUCAUUAAGGUUCAGAACAAACUGGAUGGCUGCUAUUACGCUGUAAAACGGGUACAAAUCAAUCCUGCAAGUAAACAGUUCCGCAGAAUUAAGGGGGAGGUAACAUUGUUAUCUCGGCUCAACCAUGAAAACAUUGUAAGGUACUAUAAUGCAUGGAUUGAGAAACACGAGCAUCCUACUAUUUCUCCUAAAUGUGAAGCACAUGAGGAAAAGAAAGUGACUGUGAAGCCAGAACAAAUAGUAAAGAAUGAUUUGGGAUUGUUGGAUGAUAUUGAGGAAAACGCACCAGCACCCAUAUUAACCAGCUCUGUAGAAUGGAGUACAUCUUGCGAGCGAUCAUCCAGUGCGCACUGUACUAAUGGGGAUCAAGAUUCAAGUGAUGAUGAUGAUGAUGACGAUGAAGAGGGAGUGUUUUCACCUUCGUUCCUGCCUGGGACAGAUUCUGACAGUGAGAUCAUAUUUGAGAAUGAAGAUGACAUUAGUCCAGAUCAGAACAAUGUAGAAGACCGCAAAGCUGGAGCCAAUGAGAUUGUGACUCAGGCAGUGCAUUAUUUAUAUAUUCAGAUGGAAUAUUGUGAGAAAAGCACCUUACGGGACACGAUAGACCAAGGACUGUAUAUGGAUGUUGGCCGCCUCUGGAGGCUGUUUCGUGAAAUUUUGGAUGGAUUGACCUAUAUACAUGAGCAGGGAAUGAUCCACAGAGACCUAAAGCCAGUCAAUAUCUUUUUAGAUUCAGAAGAUCAUGUCAAAAUAGGAGAUUUUGGACUAGCUACAGAUCACCCAGCAUCUUAUACUGAAUCAGCACAAGGGGAAGAGGAUCAGGCGCAUUCUGACUUGGUUAAAGUCGACCCUGAAGAUAGGGCCUCAACACCUGGUCGCAAUACUCAAGGAAAACUCACUGGCAUGGUUGGCACUGCCUUGUAUGUAAGCCCUGAAGUCCAAGGAAACACCAAAGCUUCAUAUAACCAGAAAGUGGACCUUUACAGCCUGGGUAUAAUAUUGUUUGAGAUGUCCUACCGGCCCAUGGACACAAGUUCUGAACGUAUCUCUGUCUUAAGCAGGCUUAGACAGGCCUUGAUUGUGUUCCCAAGUGAUUUUGAAAACCCAGAAAAUGAAAAACAGAAAAAAGUGAUUACUUGGCUCCUGAACCAUGACCCAGCAUCCCGCCCCACCGCUAUGGAGUUGCUUAAGUGCGAUCUCUUACCCCCACCACAACUAGAGGAGUCUGAACUCCAUGAAGUCCUGCACCACACCUUGGCCAAUAUCGAUGGGAAAGCGUACCGCACAAUGAUGAGUCAAAUCUUUGCCCAGCGCAUUUCACCUGCUAUGGAUUAUACAUAUGACAGUGAUAUAUUGAAGGGUAUUUUCUCAGUCCGUUCUGCCAGACUACAUCAUCAUGUUUGUGAGGCAGUCUGCAGGAUAUUUAAAAGACACGGGGCUGUGAAGUUACAUGCCCCACUGCUGAUGCCACGAGGUAAAGCUGGGUUUGAUAACAGUGAAUCUGCAUGUUUUAUGGAUCACAGUGGCAUGCUGGUCACCCUUCCUUAUAACCUCAGGAUAUCAUUUGCGCGGUUUGUUGCAAGGAAUAAUAUAACUAGUUUGAAAAGGUAUAGCAUUGAGAGAGUGUUUAGACCACGCAAACUGAACCGCUGCCAUCCAAAGGAACUCACUGAGUGUGCAUUUGAUAUAAUCACUUCUGCUGCAAACUGUUACCUGCCCAUUGCAGAAACAAUAUACACCAUAUAUGAAAUUAUCCAGGAAUUUCCAGUACUGCAGGAAAGGAAUUACAGUAUUUAUGUGAACCACACCUCGUUGUUGAAAGCCAUUCUCCUUCACUGUGGCGUGCCCGAGGAUAAACUCACUCAGGUGUAUAACAUUCUGUAUGAUGCAAUGAUUGAGAAGCUGACAAAAAGAGAAGUGGAAGCCAAAUUUUGUAAUCUCUCCCUUUCAGAGAACAGUUUCCAAUUGAGUCGCCUUUACCGGUUUAUUGAGCAGAAAGGAGACCUCCCAGAUUUGGAGGCAAUGAUGGUCCCACUCACAAAGCAAAAAACAGGGGUCGGUGUGCUGGCAAAGCAAGGUUUGAAAGACUUGGAAGGAGUCAUUGGAUUAGUGAAGAGGCUGGGCAUUAAAUUACAGAUUGUGGUUAACUUUGGACUUGUCUACAAGAUGCAGCAGCACAGUGGCAUAGUCUUCCAGUUUGUGGCUUUUAUCAAGCGGAGACAGAGGACUGUGCCUGAAAUACUUGCAGCUGGAGGCAGAUAUGACCAUUUGAUUUCCCAGUUUAGGGGACCUCAGACUGGAGCUAUGGGAUUACCCUGUGCUGUAGGCGUUAGUAUAGCAAUAGACAAGAUAUCUGCUGCGCUUUCCACUGCAGAGGAACAUAUCAGCAGCUGUGAUUUAUUAGUCGUAAGCGCUGGGCAGAUGUCUCUGAAUAGAGCCAUUGGGAUAACACAGAAGCUGUGGGCUGCUGGCAUUACUGCAGAGAUCAUGUAUGAGUGGUCUGAGUCUCAGGAUGAACUGCAGGAUUAUUGCAAGUGUUCGGGGAUUUCGUAUGCUGCAAUUAUUUCUGACAAAGAAGGAAAUCACAUUAAGCUGAAAACAUUUGAGAAGGAAAGACAGAGUGAGAAGAGAAUAUUGGAAUCUGAUCUAGUGGAUCUCCUGGUGCAGAAACUUCGGAUCAGAGUCCUUGAAGAAAGAAAUAACAGAGAAACGUCGGACAGUCUCUCAGUGCAAAAUGUGAAGGGCUCGUUUAAUUCCCAGAGUCAGUUUGAGCCACACAGCGCAAUAAUUGUGCCAAGUGUCAGUGUUAUAGCACCAGAAAAGCUAUCUGCCAGUGCCAGGCGGAGAUUUGAAACCCAGGUGCUAACAAAGCUUCAGACACUCAUUACAAACUUCCAGCAGAGAAAUGGUGAAAUUGAAAUUUUAGCAGUUGAUCUGCCAAAAGAAACAAUACAGAACUUGUUAGCUUUAGAGUGCGCAGAUGAACAAGUCUUCAAUGCAUCAGUGAAAAUGCUAAUGUCUCGGCUGCCAAAACAGAGAUACCUGAAAUCAGUGUUUGAUGAAAUAUACACCAUUAAAAUCGAAAAGCGGGUUCCUGUGCUGGUACUAUACAGUUAUAAAGAUGAUUAUUACAAGAUCCUUUUUUAGUCAGAGAUUGUUAUGGACAGGAGCACAAACAGACUGAUGCUUUACCUUUUGUUGCUGUAUUUUUUUUUUUUUUUUUAAAUAUUUUGUAUAUAUUUCAAGUUCAGUGGAUUUAUUUUUUUUUCUUACUUUAAUCAACUCUUCAAGUGAAGAAAGAGACUUUAUGUAAUGGGUUAAUGUUUGGCAACAAAGAGCCAACGGCUGUGCUUUGCUAAGUCCGAGCCCUCCCCCGAGGAAGUUGUACAAUACUCAGAGCAAAACAGAAGAUACUGGGCAGUUUUGUCAUUUUUCCGUUCUGUACAUUCCUGUUAGGAAAACUUUUAUUAGCAAAUAUAAAUAUACACUUCUAUUUUUGGCAGAAAAAUGUCAGUCUGGUAAAGUGUAUUCAUGCCACUUGCUGGGUGUAAAAUAAAAGCUGACAAGAACCAGAGGCCUCUCUAUCCAUAACUCUUACUGGAUCUAGUAUUGUGAUUGUUCUGGAAACACUGAAGAGCGUUUGCAGAAGUGAUGAUCUUAAUACUUUAAGGGCAAUUUUACUUUGAAAAGAGUGUUAUGGUUUGGCCUGUACCACCACCACCCCCCAACCAAAAACAAAACAUUCAGUACAAUAUGGCUCUUUUUACUGUAUCUUCCUGUAGAUGCUAGCCAUCUCCUAUUCCAUUCUAAUAUCCAAGCUGCUGCCUGCUUAUUGGGGAAUGUUGGACUGACAGAAAUUAAUCAAUGGAGAAGCUGCAGUACAAUAAAUUCAAAUACCCCAUACAAUGAAGGCCGUCAGUAAAUUCCCUGACGAUAGCAUUGUGCCCAAAAUCUUACCUUUGCAAAGGGGUAUUUUCAUAUCAGUCUACAAAAUAUAUUUCAGUUUAGCAUACAGACACAUUAUAUAAAAAAAUAAGUGCUUUGAAUAUUUAUGACAAUUUUUUUACUGCUAUAAUACCAGCAAGUACAUUUUCCCCUUUACAAUGCCUCUGAUGGAGCAAGAUGGCCCCAUACAGAAUAUGACAGUGCUACGACCUAUGAUUCAGUUUGGUCACUGCCUUUAGUGGGCUACAGCUACCUGACUGCCAAAGGACUCCAUUAAGUUGGCUAAACACAUUGCAAUUACAAUCUUUACAGUG